UCUAUCCCUUCUUCCGAGUCAGAGCAAACGCUAGUCAAGAAUCCAGCACUGAAACGUAUCAAAAAGAAGAAGCCAGUAGAUCUGUCCCUCUUUGUCGACGAUCUUCACGAGCUCUUAGUUCAUCGGAUAAUUGAACCAUUAAAAGAUCUCAGGGUCACAGCUCUGCCUUGGUUUGAGAUUUGGGUUGAGUUUGGGGCCAUAAACGCGAGGGAGAGAGGUCUCAUCUUCACUAAGGUUGUCUAACUCCUAACGAACGCUGAUGGUCUCAAGUUAGAUUCUACUUUACAGCUGCAUAUCGAAGCCCUUCUGGGGGGCCGACAGAAAUGACGUCACGACGGCAUGUUAGAUAUACUCCUCUUGCCGGGGACGAAGGGGAUGAUGACAGUGGAAUGGUCAGAGAAGAAGACCUCCGAUUUGCCUACAACCCUAAAGCUCUUGAUAGAGUUCCAAGGAAGUCGAUCGCCCUCGCACUUUUCCUUCUUGCUAUAGGAUCAGUUCUUCUCUUCUUGUCAUUCUUCAUCCUCACGGGCCACAUGCAGGGCGAACGAUCCCAGGCAUAUGGUCUUAUGGUGCUUGGCAUACUUGCAUUUCUUCCUGGUUUUUAUGAGACCAGGAUUGCAUACUACUCUUGGAGGGGAGCCCCUGGAUAUAGGUUUGCAUCCAUACCUGAUAAAUGAACUUCUCAGUUUUUUGUGGUAUCCCUCGUUAUCAGUGGCUAUUUUUGCCAUGGAGCCCGGAUUAUGAAUGAGAACUCGUUUACUAUGUUAUGAAUCUGUCAUAUGUACAGUAGAUUAUCUUCUGUAAAUUUGACACUUUGCACCAUUAAGCUUUGUUGUAAUUGCAAUAGACUCGGGCACUGUAAUGGGACUGAUGACACUUAUAAAAAGAAUGUACGUUACGAGGUUUCUUCUUGUUAUGUUGAUUAUAGAAAGACAUAUGGCAUAAGCACUUAAAACCU